AUGACGCGGCUGAGAGUCCCAGCAGAUAAGCGCAGAAGAGUUGCACAGGCCUGUAACACAUGCAGGAAGCGCAAGCAGCGAUGUGAUGGCCUUCGUCCUUGUAAAUUCUGUCGAAAACGAGAAGCGGACUGCGAAUACAGGAGUCGUACAGACUCAGUAUCAUCGAGUGAAUCUCCUCGUUCGCUAUCCAGGCAAAGCCCUUAUAGAGAGCGUUUUAACCCCCCUGAGCUUUCUGGCGUGCCGGAUUCGAACCAUGAUGCAUCCAACCAGGAGAGCCUUGAGAGAUCAGUCACCCCAGAUUUUGAUUUCAGGUUUCGAAUUGUUUCGGUUUCUGGAUCCGAAGAAAUCAAGAUACCUGCACACACUUGCAUGCUGCUAGAUUGUCAGAAUCGGCUCUCAUUUGUUGGGCGUUCUACUGCUCACUCUUUCAUGCACCAUAUCAGGAACACUAUCGAGAAACGCGAUGGCCCCUCAGAAUUCACAGCAGAUAGCAAUUGGAGCGGCCUACCGGAAAGACUUCCCGUGACCCCUAGGAUGCAAACCUUUCUCCCCUCAAGUACAACUGCGAGUUUAAUCGAGUUCUAUUUCAACCAUGUACGGAGCUUCAUCGACAUCGUAAACCCAGAAGCGGUGAGCCUGACAUCGUAUCGAUUUCAGAAUAACCCGAAUGAGAUUCAGGGACCCGACCGGUGCAUUUUCUGUUUGGUUCUAGCAGUUGCGCUCGCCCUGGAUCCCGGUGAUUCAGCACACUCACCAAACCCAGAAUUCAAACACCAGCUGUUUGCCAUAGCUGAAGGGCUGGUCCACCCAACCCGUACAUUCGAAAGAUCCCAGUACCACGAUGACGUCCUUUGGCCCCUCCAAGCUCUCGCUUUGAUGUCUUUCUUUAUGUUAUCUGUUUCCAUGAGGAAUACUGCGUACGAAUAUUGUGGCAAGUUUCAUAACAUUUAUGUGCAGACUAUCGAGGCUAACAAAGGUUCAGGCCGAGCUGUUCGAGUUGCCUACGCCCUUGGGAUCCAUCGAGGCCACGAGUCUGAGAUCAACCAAUUCCCCGCCAACGAAGAACUCAGAGUUCUACGACGGAACGUUUGGAGGAGUUUGUUUGUUCUAGACAGAUUUCUGGCUGCAUCGUUAGGAAGACCGUUCGCCAUCUCCGAUAACGAAUACUCCGAAUCCUCCCUUAGACCACCCAACCGACCAAGCAGUCCCAACAAAGUUCCGAAAAGGGACAUGCUCGAUCCCGCUAUUGAUGCAUGUUUAAUGAUUGGUCAUGUUGUGAACAACAUUUAUUCAUGUGACAAGGUCGCGAUUGAGGUUCCGAAUCAGAUGUUAAGGUACCUGGAAGCUCACCCGAGUUUCCAAAAUGAUGGAUUCUUUACGACGAGCAACUUGAUACCUACAGUAUCGCAAAUUCACAUGCAUUUACUUGGCUUCUACGCUAAUAUCCUCCUCUGUCGCCCCUUCUUCCUUUUAUCCUUCAUGGGAACAAAAACCUCGGAUGGGAUCGAGACACAAAUCAAUAGAUUGUCUGAAAGAUGUGUGUCUCAAUCAUUUCAAGCGGUUGAAAAAGUGAAAGGGGGAUUUCGUGCAAACCUGUUGCGUCAUUUUGACCCCCUUGCUCUUUAUUUAUUAUUUGAAGCGGUGCUUGUCUUGCUUAGCAGCACUUAUGCAGAUAUCUACGCUCGGGAGGAACACUUGUCUUUGGUAAAAGACGCAAUGUUCAUCUUCAAGACAUGGUAUGCAUCAAGCCCUUAUGCAGAACAAUUCGCCUCCAAGUUGGACUUGUUUCGGCAUGAAGUUGAACGCCAAGAACAAGCGAAAGCUAUCAAACAGGCUUCAAGGAGACAGGCUCACCGAGUUAAGCGCGAGCCGAUGACAACCUGCGAGCCUAGCCAGUAUCGCUCUCCAUUCCAUCCAAUGCCUCCCGGUAGUUUGGUAUCUCCAUGCGAUAGCCGUCGCGGGUCAGGGACCGCAACUCACACUAUGGUCAAACAAGAAGCCGAUGGGUACUCGGACUCUUUGACAUCAAGACCCUUGUUCUCGCCCACCGAGUUCAGCAUGGCUCAAUCUCAGGCUUUUGCCAAGUAUUCGCAAAGUUCACAGUUCAGUGAUCAUAGCAUCGACACGGACUAG